UCAGCCACCACUUGUGCGCAAUGCUCACGGAGGAAGAGCUGCCCCGUUGUGGUCGCCCAGAGCAUCUGCCUUGCUCGAAGAGCAGUGGCAUUAGCAUAGCGUUGCUUCUCGUCGGCAUAGGCAGUCCUCUCUUUGGCCACAAGGGCCUUCAGAUCUGCCCGAGCCUUAUGCGCUUCAGCUCGAGCCUUCUCCGCCUCCGCUCGAGCAUGUUCCACCUCAGCACGAGCCUUUUCUGCUCCAGCUCGAGCAAUCCGUUCUUGCUCCAGUACUCCAUGGAGUCGGACUAUCUCUCGGAUAUAUGUCUUGGCAUACUCCUCCAAUUUCAUAGUCGUCUUCACUGGAAAAAAGUGUGUGGUCUUAGUCAAACAAUCCACGAUAACCCAGAUAGAAUCGUUCCCACUCCUUGUCCUCGGAAGAUCUACUACAAAGUCCAUUGUGACGUUCUCCCACUUUCACUCGGGAAUCCCGAGUGGAUGCGUCAAACCCGACGGUCUCUGAUGUUCGGCCUUAACUCUCUGACACACCAAGCAGUGAUCGACGAAUCUCGCUACAUAUCUCUUGAGACCUCUCCACCAGAAAGACCUUUUCAGGUCUUGAUACAUCUUCGUACUCCCUGGAUGAAUAAAGUACGGGUGUCACUCUUCAACAAUUCGCAGUAUUCAAGCCCAACAGUUGAAAAACCCAAUAAAAAGACCAACUCAUACAAAUUGAACAAUCACGAACAUGAUAAUCGCAAACGAAUUCAAAACGUCAAUCCCUAUCCCUACUAUAAUGAUUUAGCUACUCAUGAUCGAAUAAUCAACACAAACAUCCAUAAGCAAAGUGUAAGCCCCUCUACUUGUACAUUGAAAUCAUCAGA